CGAAGCGGAGGAUGAGCGGCUGGCUUCCGACCUGAGGAAAAGGAGGAUUUGAGCUUUGAAAGAAAUGGAAGAGGACAACUUAAAGACCCUUCGCCUGGUGUUUAUCCGUUGUGUGACUAUUUCUGGUGUAACAGAAGAGUCGUGGACAAAGGAGAAUGAAAGGGCUUUGGAUCAAUUUAUCAUUGACACGUCUAUCACAACCAUGCUGGUCUACAUGGACACCAGUGCUAGACUACUGGUGGAGUUCUCCAUGCCCCUACCGGGACAGGUGGCAGAGCAGCUGAACUAUUUUAUACGCACGCCAGGAGCCAUAAUCACAGAAGAGAUGUUUGACACGGCCGUACAGUUUGGCACAGUGUGUGACUCUGUCACCAAGACACUGCUCCAUGACAUGACCUGUCUGCACGCCCCCACAGUUGCCCUCAGCACGAACAUGGAGAAGAGCAUCAAGGACAGCUACACCAACAGCAUGCACUGCUACUUUGCCAGCCUCACUGAUGAAGUUUAUAAGAAUCGGGGCAACAUAGUCCUAUACAUCCCAAUGGAAGGCCUACAAUGCAGCCCUGAGCAGGCCAGCAAAGACAGGAAGCAGGUUCAGAGAAUGGAAUCUAUCAUCAUCCACUGGACGGAUCAGAUCAAGGAGCUCCUGCACGGUUCAGAGAUGUUGAAUAGGUGGGACAACUGUGGCCUGCUGCAGGAGAUCACCUUCUGGGAGACUCGUUGUGUCAAGCUGUCAGAAGUCAUGCAGCAGCUACAAAAGCCUCAAGUCGGGCACAUCAAGAACAUCCUGCAGCUCUCCAACUCUCUGUAUGUUCCGCGCUUCUGCAAACUGGCCGAGGAAAUACAGGAUUGCUUGCUGCAGGCCCAGUCAAACCUUUCCCACCUGUCCACACUGAAGGAGCCCUGCGAGGAACUUGCAAAGCUCAAGCUGAGCCAAGUCACUCCUAAACUGCAACACAUCAUCAGUCUCAUUCGCAUCAUCUGGGUCAAAUCCAACCACUACAACACGACUGAGAAGAUCAACGGUCUUUUCCGCAAGAUGAGUAAUGACAUCAUCCGCCUGUGCUGCCAGAGCAUCUCUCUGGACAGGAUCUUUGAGGGCUAUGUGUUAUCCAGCAAACAAGUCCUCAGCGACUGCAUCCAGUGCUGCGAGUCCUGGAAGGAAGUAUACUUGCACGCUUCGAAGACUCACCAAAAGUAUUCUUCAAAAGCCUGGGACCUGGAUCACACUAGCUUUUUUGUGGUGGUUGAUGCUUUCAUUCAGCGAUUCAGAGGCCUGCUUGAGGUAUGUGACUGCCAGCAUCAGUUUGCCCGUUGGGAGGAUGGCCAGCAGAGGCCCCUGCCGUGCUUAGGCGGCUGCCAGGGACCAGAGUUCACUCGCUUCCUCCAGAAGAUAGAGGACAACUUCCACCGUGGCCUACAGAGCCUGCGCUCUGUUGACAAGGGCAUCUUUAAUGUCAUGGACACCGGGUGGUGCAAUGAAUUCUACAAGUUUCACGCAUUGGUGAAGGAUCUGGAAAUGUUGGUGCGGAACUUGAUCAAUUCAGUGUUUAAGACGGUCAACACAAUAGAGGAAGGAGUUCGGCUUCUGGAUAUUUUUAGGCCCAUGUCUGCUCGAGAGGCCAUUAAGAGCACCACAGACGAGAAGGUGGAGGAAGUGUACAACAUCUUUAACAGGGAUCUCAAAGUGGUCAACAAGGAGCUGAACCAGAAGACAAGGUUUUUUCCAGACUACAAGUCCCAGAUUGCAGGACACACC